CACAAUCUUACCGGAGAUCGCUAUUCAGUUACGAUGUACAAGUAUUUGAAUUAUGUUUAAGGCCAGCAAGUGAACGAUCCAAAUGUUUCAUAAAGAUAACGUGAUUCUGUAAAAUGCUAUUAGAAGAUGGCGGCAUAUAGGACAUUCGCCAGCCCAGAACCCCAAAACUGGCUGAAACAGUGGAGGGCCGUUUUCAUUACGAGGAAAGCUAUCUUGCCUUCUGUCAAGACAAAGUCUAGCCAUCUGCACACUGAUGUAUUACAGAAGGCAUCGAAUGAGCAGACUUGUUCAUUAGACCAUGGUCGUAUAUCUGACAACAAACCAAUACCUUGUCGAUAUCAUGAAAAACUUCGAAAUGAAAUCAUAGCUAUACACAAAAGAACGAAACCAUCAUGGCGAAACGCUUCUACUGACAAAUGGCUAGACUCGUUUGAUGUCGCCAAGUUAUUCAUGCAGUCAGCUGGGUAUGAGGAUAAAUCUUCAUUUGAUGAAAUUGACUUCAACGGACUGGCAGCCUUUAUAUAUAACUGCGGGAAAUUCACAUCAACUGUGGAAACACUAUCUGACGAGACUCGGAAUUUCGUGAACAAGAUCCGGCAUAUGCCAGACUUGUGUUCAAAGGCCCUGACAGACCAAGCCACCACUGAGUGUAUAGACAGCAUGCUUAAGUUGCUGAACGACCCAGAUUUCCAGGGAGAUCCAGAAAUACUGGAAGCAAGCAAUCAGCUGGAUGAGUUAAAGACCCAAAUUAUAGAUCCCAAGGCGGACUUUUUGAAAUAUAUCAUUGAAGAUACUACUAUCAGAGGCGUUCAAGUAAUCACGGAACUUGCUUGUGCUAAAGAAGGAAAAUACAUCGAACGUGCAAGUGAGAUAAAGGGUGACAUUAAAAAACUCAACGAUAUGUUAAUGUCUAGUAUAAAGAAACAAGGUGAGAGUGUCAUUAACGAUAUAAAGAAAACUUCUGACAAUUCUCUUGCACAGCUGGAUUUGUGCGUAGUCAAAGCUAAGAACAUUCUGAUUGAGACAACCGAAGAAGGCAUAUUUAAACUAAAAGACACCAUUGAGAAGGGGAAAAACGAACUGAGUAAAAAACAAAAGAAAGACAGUGAAGAAAUGGAGAAGCUAAAAUUAACGAAAGCAAAGUCAGAUUUACACCAACAAUUGCUUAAUUAUUACCAGACAAAGUCUCUCACAAUGGACGUUCGAUUGGACAUCGAUGCAGCCGUAGAAGACAUUUAUGAAAAGCCCAAACUUAUAUUGAAGAACAAGAAAGACAAAGAUGGGAAAGUAAAAGAUGAAGCGAUAUCAGAAAUAAAUGAUAUAUUUCUGAACGAAAAUGGCACGAUGGCUAAAACAGUAUUCGUGGUGGGAGAACCGGGCCAGGGCAAGUCCUCGCUCUGUAAAAAGAUUGUCCAUGGCUGGUGUGAACUGCACAAGAACGGUAAUAAGAAGAGAAAGAAAGAUAACAUCUUAAGUCAGUUCGGGUUCUUAUUUUACAUAAGGCUACGAGAGGCUGCUGAUCAAUGCAAAAUCAAAGAUAUGAUAUUGCUCUGUUUGAUUGAACGGAUUCAUUCAGAUGAUAAAGAGUCAAGAGAAUUGUUAACAGAGAUUUUGAAAUCAGAAUGUUGCCUUCUGCUUCUUGAUGGCUUAGAUGAGUGGACACAUUGUAGCAAAUGUAACAGCGAUGAACGAAUUCCUCAUGUUGAAACAAGUUGGGUGAACUGUACAACACUAAUAACAACACGACCAUACAAACUAAAGGAGCUGAAAGUGAAACGAUCACAAUUUGGCAACCAUGUGCAGUUGGAGGGCGUUCAGUCACCUAAGGAACUUGUUCGGAGAAUACUUGAGGAGUUGGAGAAAAAUCAAGAAGAAAACCGUCCAAAUACCUGCGUUAAAGAGCUAAUAGAAAAAGGCCUGUGGCAUUUUAGCGGUAUUCCAAUCGUGCUUGUUCAAAUUGUUUGGCUCUGGUACAACGACCAGCUAAAGGCAAACAUGUCUCUGACUGCAGUUUACAAGAAAAUUAUAGAAGAAAGGUGGAGAGAAAUGAACGACAAGAACAAGAUAGAGGAAAACGAUAUUCCUGAGGAAUUUCUUGAUUCUUUGAGCAAAUUAGCUUUCAAUAAAAUGUUUUCACCAAAUGAGGAUGAUACCAUUGUUUUUGGCAUUCCAAAGGAUCAGUUAGAGGAAAAGUACCAACGAUUGUCUCUUGAAUCUGGCAUCAUGUCCUGUAGUAGUAAAAUAGGUGAAAGAUUUGCGUCCUUCCAAUUUUUGCACAAAACGCUUCAAGAAUACUUGUCAGCAUUGUAUUUGGCGAAAAGCAGCAGAUCAGAUCUGAUCAAGCAUUGUCAACACGUCCAGGAAGUGUAUAGCCAUAACAGGAGAAAAGGCGUUCUUAGCAUGCGUCAGAUGUUUCUGUUUCUAUGCGGCAUGAACAAAGAUGCUGUCAAAGUGUUUUCGAAGACAUUGAAUGAAGUAUUAACUUACGGCUUUUCAGAUGAAGAAGCAUUUGCUUUCCAAGAUAUGAUACUGCAAGGCUAUGAGGAAGCGGAGAAAAGCGGGCACGCCGGAGCGGAGCUCUGCCUGCAGCAUAUCACCCUCGGUUAUUCUGAUGACCUUUUCUGGUAUAAAAAAUGUGAGCAUCGAUUAAAACAAUACAAGCCAAUAUUGAAACAUUGCUUGGAUAAACAAAAGCCCACUCUUAUGUGA